UAUGGAGAUGAACUUCUCUCCACGCCCGAGGAAUGAUGCAACCGCCCUAAAGCCAUACUUCUUUCCAUCCUUGAGCGCCUGUUGAUAUGCAGAUGUACUAAAGCCAGGUGAGGUAUUUUGGAAAUGUUACAAUUUUACCACACCAACAUGCCGUUCUGUUUAAGUAUUAGUUGAAUAGUGAAGUAUUGAAUGAAAAUAUCAUUGAUGAAUAAAUGGUUGAUGUUAAAAAAGCAAACAAAAAACCCUUCCUAUCCACUUCCUCCAGUUUUCCUGAGACCUCUUACCUGGUCUAUUUUAGCCCACAGCACUAAAUACCUUCUAACGUAACCAAAUAAUUUUCUUGUUAUGUUUAUCCCCUUAUUAGACGUAAGCUCCAAGACCAAAGGAUAUUUUCUUUCCCUUUUUCUCUCUUCUGUUCACUGAUAUAUUCCAAGGUCUGAAAUAGUGCCUGACAACCUUAGUAGCUAUUGGCAAGUAUGUGUUGGAUGAGUGAAUUUUUUAAUCUUAAUAAUCUUGCUAAGUCUUAUAUAGAAAAGGAAUAUAGGAGUACUUUUAAUUCCUAGUGCCUAGAAAUGCUUGACAAAUGGCAAGGUGUUCAGUGUUUGCUGAAGGAAUUGGUUACUCAGCUCUUUGUCUGAUCCCUGAGACUACAUCAAAAAAGGUUCCCAGGGCCAGUUCACUCAGGCCUCUGUCCUUUUUCUUUCAUCCAGUGAAUUUCGGAUUCAUCUAACAAAUACCUGAGUACUCAUAUCGAGCACCUACUGUAAGUUCAAAAGCAUACUUGCUGCUAUACAUAUGACUAAUGCGAAUGACAGCAAUAGGUCUGAAUGUAAUGGUGUGAAAUUACAGGACAGGCUGGCAGUGCUAAUAGGAGAAAGAAAUCAGUGAAGACUGACGUAGAAGUAAACUCCAAAGUUCAAAAGUUGCCCUUCUAAACGCUCCACCUGUUUAUAGCAAGGACCAUAGUCUGAGUAGCUACUUUAGACUCAGAAGUGCCUUUCGAAUUCCUACUCCUUUAAAAAAGAAACCAAGCCUAAGACACGGUAAAGGUCUCAGCAGAGAUGGGUCUAGAAACGGGGAUUUGUAAAGUUCUGAAAGUAAGGGUGUCCUGAUGGUCCGAGGUGCCUUCGCUGGAGCCUGUGAAACCGGAGGUGUGCCAACUUCGAAAAGCAGUCCGGUUUCCUGGAGGCCAAGGUGCCUGCAGUUAUGAUUCUCUUUGUGGCCAGAUGGGUUUGUAUGGACAGACUUGUCCAUCUGUAACUUCAUUAAGGAUGACAUCUGAACUGGAGAGCAGCCUAACAUCUAUGGACUGGUUACCACAGCUUACCAUGAGAGCAGCCAUCCAAAAAUCUGAUGCUACACAGAAUGCACAUGGAACAGGAAUUUCCAAGAAGAAUGCACUCCUUGACCCAAAUACAACCCUGGACCAGGAAGAAGUCCAACAGCACAAAGAUGGGAAACCUCCGUACAGUUAUGCCAGCCUCAUUACAUUUGCAAUUAAUAGCUCACCCAAAAAGAAAAUGACUCUAAGUGAGAUUUACCAGUGGAUUUGUGAUAACUUCCCGUAUUACAGAGAGGCUGGCAGUGGUUGGAAGAAUUCCAUACGACAUAAUCUGUCACUGAACAAGUGUUUCCUUAAAGUGCCUCGAUCCAAGGAUGACCCUGGAAAGGGGUCCUAUUGGGCAAUAGACACCAAUCCGAAGGAAGAUGCACUACCUACUCGGCCAAAGAAGAGAGCACGAUCUGUAGAACGGGCCUCAACUCCAUAUAGCAUAGAUUCAGAUUCUUUGGGAAUGGAGUGUAUUAUUUCGGGAAGUGCCUCUCCAACUCUGGCAAUCAACACUGUGACUAACAAAGUAACAUUGUACAACACUGAUCAGGAUGGUAGUGAUAGCCCACGCAGUAGCCUUAACAACAGUCUCUCGGAUCAGAGUUUGGCAUCUGUUAAUUUGAACAGUGUUGGAAGUGUGCAUAGUUACACUCCGGUGACAAGCCACCCAGAACCACUCUCUCAGUCAUUAACUCCUCAACAGCAGCAACAGUACAGCCUUCCGGAGCGAGACAAACAACUACUUUUCUCAGAAUAUAAUUUUGAAGAUCUCAGUGCCUCAUUUCGGAGCCUUUAUAAAUCAGUUUUUGAGCAGUCACUUAGUCAACAAGGUUUGAUGAACAUCCCUUCUGAAUCUUCCCAGCAGUCCCAUACUUCAUGUUCCUAUCAGCACUCUCCUAGCAGUACAGUGAGCUCUCACCCACACAGCAACCAAAGCAGCCUCUCCAACAGUCAUGGCAGUGGCCUCAACACCACAGGCAGUAAUUCAGUUGCACAAGUCUCGUUAUCCCACCCCCAGAUGCACACACAGCCGUCUUCACAUCCACCCCAUCGACCACACGGUUUACCACAGCAUCCGCAGCGCCCCCAGCCCCCAGCCCCGCACCCGCAGCAACACAGCCAGCUCCAGUCCCCUCACCCCUCGCACCCCUCUCCACAUCAACACAUACAGCACCACCCGAACCAUCAGCAUCAGACGUUAGCACAUCAGGCGCCCCCACCCCCACAGCAGGUAUCCUGUAAUUCUGGUGUUUCAAAUGAUUGGUAUGCAACACUUGAUAUGCUAAAAGAAAGCUGUCGAAUUGCCAGCAGUGUUAAUUGGUCAGAUGUAGACCUUUCACAAUUCCAAGGUUUGAUGGAGAGCAUGAGACAGGCAGAUCUCAAGAACUGGUCUUUAGAUCAGGUUCAAUUUGCUGAUCUCUGUUCUUCUCUUAAUCAGUUCUUUACACAAACUGGCCUUAUCCACUCACAGAGUAAUGUUCAGCAAAAUGUCUGUCAUGGUGCCAUGCAUCCAACAAAACCUAACCAACACAUUGGAACAGGAAAUUUGUACAUAGACUCCAGGCAAAAUCUCCCUCCUUCAGUGAUGCCACCCCCUGGUUAUCCUCAUAUCCCACAGGCACUCAGCACUCCAGGAACAACGCUUGCAGGCCAUCACGGUGCCAUGAACCAGCAGCACAUGAUGCCUUCCCAAGCCUUCCAGAUGCGGCGUUCUCUGCCACCAGAUGAUAUCCAGGAUGACUUUGAUUGGGAUUCAAUUGUGUAGAGCUUGUUUCUGCAAUGUUCUAGAACCCAGCAUCAUUUUUCUGCCCAGUGAAGGGAAAGAUUUAAGAGAAUCCAGUUGAGAAAACAAAGUUGCUAAUCACUUUACCAAUGUUAUGGAAAUUUCUUUUGAAGACAAUCAAAAAGAUUUUAGCUGGAUAACUUACUGCUUUUAUCUGACCCACACAAGUACUUCAUGUUUGUCUCCCUGCCAGCUGCCCUGUGUAGCUCCUAACUGUUGUGUGAUUUGAACGGCUUUUGCAUAUUUGUGUCAGUUUGAUGUUGACCACAAGUGCCAGACUGAUUUUUCAGACAGAGCCUAUUUUGCUGCAAGCAGUUUAUAGAUACAUAUGUGUAAAUAUAUGUAUAAAAGUAAUGAUUCAAUUUUUUUUUCUAAUUGGAUUAUUAAGUCUUGAAAAGAAAGUUACUGUGAGUUUUUAUUCCUUAUUAGGCUAUUUUCUGCAGGAUGCUUUUAACUGAUACAGGCAACUGAAAGGAAAUAGAUUUCUCAAAGCCCCAUAUUUAAUCUUUUUCAGAAAUUGGGUAAUUAAUUCUACUCACUGUCAGAGAACCUGGACUUUGUUGGUCUCCAAGCAGUCCAAAGGGCCAUGUUGUUGGUGAGCAGAAUGAAGGACUGACCACAUUUUUUAGAUGCUUGGUGGAUUAUAGAGUUUAUGUUAUAUAUCCUGUUAAUAUUUGUUUUCCUAAAUGUGCAUUUUAAAAGUUCUAAAAUUUAUUUGAUUGAUUAGAAGCUGGGCAUUGCUUGGCUCUUUAAACAAAUCAAUGCUUCCACAUUCACUUAUGUAUUUAUUGUUCAAAAGUGUUAUUGUAAUAUUUAUUGCUACCUUCUGUGAAUGCUCCUGUUGGGUUCAUUAAGGAGAAAUGUGUCUGAAAGCAAAGAAUUAUUUUCCUUGGUAAGAGUUUACAGACAAGACAAUCAGAGAGAUUGUGUCAUUCUCUUUAUCAUCACUCGUUUUACCAUGUGAGUAUAUUUCUCCAUCUUAACAUGCUUACUGAUUGAGACUUAUUAGCUAAGUGGGAUUCUUCUGGAAUUUGAAUCAGAGUUCAUUUGGGCAACAGAACAGGGCAAUGUUUAUGAAGCAAACUCCCGCACUCAUUCUCUUUCCAACUAGGAAGCACAGAAGGAACGAUAGAGCCCACGUAGGUUUUAUUUGUAUCAGUCUUCAGCACAGUUAUUGUUAAGUGGCCUGUAGUUUCUCUUGUCCCGUGUGUCUCCAUGUGCAUGACAUUUGGUCACUUUGAAAUGCAGCCUGCCUCUUAGGGGUUUGUGUUGUUAAACAUUUGUUUUUUAUUUUAUUUUAUAUCGUAUCACAGUUAAUUUACAUGGAUUUUCUUAGUUUUAUAAUAAGACUAAAAGAAAUGAGAUAUUUUUUGGUAAAUGAAUAGAUUUUUAAUUGGAUCCUCAGACAAAAAACAAAACAAAACAGGAUUUCUUUCAGUUCUAAUGGGGAAAUAAGUUCCAUCAAAUCAAGGAGUAAUAACUAUAACUGUUCACUGGUUGCUUUUUAGCAUCUCUAGUCACUAUCAGCCAUACUUAAAUCACUUUAAUUAGCCUCAUUGAUUCUGUGGUUGAGUAAUCUUUACCUGAACUAAAUAAAUGUCUUUGUUUCUAUAUGUGUGUAGUGAGAGUGUUUGUGAACGUGUGUGGGUAUUUUCUUUAAUGGAGUGUUGCUUUGAAUGAAUCACUGGGAAGCCAGCCAUGGUAAAGGCUGGUGAGGCUGGGAAAAAGGAAGGGCUUUAUCUUCCUGUUGUUUGGACCUUGCUUAGCAUGAAAAAGGAAGCUCAGUUCCAGCCUCUUGGAUCAGUGAAAAUCAGAGGGUUCUGGAAAGGCAGUCAACAAGCCCCUCUCAGAUGGAUCAGAGGCAAGAUGAGAGCAGCAGCCUGCAGAGUAAAGACUUGAAAAACACGUCGCAGUGAUUUUCGGUAGUUUACUCAAGUCACUUGAUAUACCAAAAUAGCUGUUUUGAAACUUUAAAUUGGUUGGGUAACGACAUGCACUUUAAAUAAUUUGGAUAUUGGAAUGCAGUCUCUUCUAUUAAGUGAUUCAACUAGAAACCACUGAUGAAGAUUUUACAAAUUGCGUAAAGCUCAUUUCCCAUUUGGCAAUCUUUACUGAUUUGCAGUAAUCAAUAUUUUUGUGAGAAUUUAAACUUAACUAAGAAUGGCCCUGGAGGCAGACCCAUCCCACUCUUGAGAUUCAGGUGGCCUAGGAGUCCAGGAAAGUCUUCUCAGUGGUCUACAACCAGAUGGGGUUACCCAGGGUGGGGGGCACAGAGGACCACUGCAGUGGCCAUUUCUGUUUGUAGUUGUUAACACAGAGCAAGUUCUGUUUUGUUCUUAAAUUAACUGAAGACUUUUGGGGAAAGAAUAAUAAAUGCAUAUAAUCAAAUUGGGGGUACUCUGUCCAGGAGAAUAAUCUGACUGGCAUUUGUGGCUGUUUUUGAAGUGUAAAUGUAUUCAUGUGUGUUCUUGUAAAUACAUGUCUCUCAGAUGUCCUUUGAAGAGGGAGGGAAUCAGUCCGGGGAUUAUUUCAAAUGGAAUAGAGUAUUUUGAUACUGUUCAUUCAAGGGUGAUGUGUACAUAUCUAUAUUGUAUAUAUGUGAUGAAAAUGCAUUGGCUUUUUGUGCAAACACAAUCUGCUCUCUGUACUGCUGUUGGACAGUCAGUGUUUUAAUGUUUCUACAGUUUUGCUAUUGCACGAUUUCAUAUUUUGCCUCUAUGAUGAACGGCACCCAUUCUUUGUAACUGUUUAGUGCUGUAAAGAAAUAUUUCAAGUGUCAUUAGGAUUGUUGCUGCCAGAACUGAUAUGCAUGAAUGGCACUUAAAAUAAAUACGUUAACUCUA